CAAGGGGUACUCUGGUUUAAGGCGACCGGUUUACACAGAGGAACGGUAGCUGUUCGAGGGUUCAUUGCCAAUCGGACUUCUACAUACAUUCGAGAUCAAUUUUCACCUUAUUCUACAAAAUACAGUUUUGCAAAGGUCUGAAAAUGUCACAAAAAAUCAAGGCGGGUUCAGUGGUUGAAAUGCAGGGAGAUGAGAUGACAAGAGUCAUCUGGGACUUGAUUAAGGACAAACUCAUCCUGCCCUAUGUGGAGCUGGACCUACACAGCUAUGACCUGGGAAUAGAGAACAGAGAUGCCACUGAUGACCGGGUCACAGUGGAAGCAGCUGAAGCCGUCAGGAAGUACAGCGUGGGGAUCAAGUGUGCCACCAUCACCCCAGACGAGAAGAGGGUGGAGGAGUUCAAGCUGAAGAAGAUGUGGAAGUCUCCCAACGGGACGAUUCGUAAUAUCCUGGGGGGCACCGUGUUCAGGGAGGCAAUCAUCUGCAAGAACAUCCCACGGCUGGUGCCCGGCUGGCUCAAACCCAUCAUUAUUGGCCGUCAUGCUUUUGGGGACCAGUACAGAGCUACAGACUUCGUGGUCCCCGGCCCAGGCAGAGUUGAAAUGAAGUACACUCCGAAGAGUGGCAGUGAGCCAGUCACAUACCUUGUGCAUGAUUUUGAAGACUGUGGUGGUGUAGCUCUGGGCAUGUUCAACCUGGACCUGUCUAUCAGAGAUUUUGCACACAGCUCGUUCCAGAUGGCCCUGACCAAGAGCUGGCCCCUCUACCUGAGCACCAAGAACACCAUCCUGAAGCAAUACGAUGGCCGCUUCAAGGACAUCUUCCAGGAGAUCUAUGAAAAGGAAUACAAGUCCCAGUUUGAAGCGAAGGGAAUCUGGUAUGAGCACAGGCUGAUCGAUGACAUGGUGGCGCAGGCUAUGAAGUCUGAAGGAGGCUUUAUCUGGGCCUGCAAGAACUACGAUGGAGAUGUGCAGUCUGACUCUGUCGCUCAGGGCUAUGGCUCCCUGGGAAUGAUGACCAGUGUGCUGAUCUGUCCGGAUGGAAAGACUGUAGAAGCAGAAGCAGCUCACGGCACUGUGACACGGCACUACCGCAUGCACCAGCAAGGCAAAGAGACCUCCACCAACCCCAUUGCCUCGAUCUUUGCCUGGACCCGGGGGCUGGCUCAUAGAGCUAAGCUUGAUAAGAAUGCAGAGCUGCGCACCUUUGCCACUGCCCUGGAGGAGGUCUGCAUAGAGACCAUUGAAUCCGGCUUCAUGACCAAAGACCUGGCAGCGUGCAUUAAGGGGCUGCCCAAUGUACAGCAUUCUGAUUACUUGAACACCUUUGAGUUCCUGGACAAGCUAGCAGAGAACCUGAAGGUGAAACUGACCUCCCAGCCCAAACUGUGAGACCGGCCCGGAACACCGCCUGGAUCACUGGAGAAUGUAUAAAUAUACAUCUACAUACAGCUGUGUCUUGUGUUUUAAACAAAGCUGUCCUUUUGUACUAUUCAUGAAAUGGCCAGUUUUGAAUAAGAACCAUGCCACCAUUAACUCUUGUUUGGUUGCAGUAAGAAAAUCGUUAAUAAUUGUUUCUAAACACUAGUGUUCCAUUUCCUUUUACAAUCAUGAUAAAUAGUAUGGCUCUAUUAGGAUGCUAAAUCUAACAAUACACAGGGCAACUCUUAGACAUGUAUGUUGUGUUCAUCAUUUAGAAGUAUAUAAACUACAAUAUGAACAGCAGCUGCCUAUUGCCUUUUUGGAAAACAGUUGCAAAGUUGUUGUUUUUUUUUUUUUUUACCUAUGUUGCAAGUAUCAUAACAGGGACAGUCACACUUUUAAAAGUUUGGCACUGUAGUUUUUUGUAUGGGUCAGAAUUAGUCUUGGAGUGGAUGAUUUAAAAAAAAACUACAUUUUACUACAUUGAAACAUUGUAACAUUUUUAUCUGCUGCUGUUUUUGUACAGUUUUGUGAUGCCUCUCUUUACCCCUCCCAAACAGUGCUGAUCAUUUCCAAGCAUCUCAAACGAUAGCCUUUUACACACCGAUGACCCUGUAAGAGCGUCUCAGGGCUGAGUUAGUGCUGUUCAGUUUGUUCAUUGAUCUUAACAAUUUCCUUUGAUAAUACGCUGGAUUUCUGUAUUACAACAGAAUAGCCUGGUCUCAUUUCAGUUAGAAUAAAGGGUCCGUUGCUUUCAUUUUAAAAAUGGAUCUCAAGUAUGUUCUCUCAAGUCGUUCUAAUUAUGUGGAUAGAGGAAAUUAAACUCUAGGUGAAACCAUUAACGUGUAAACCCUCAAACUUGAAAAUAAAACGAUUCACCCAUA